UAUGAUUUCAAUUUAGAAGCCAUAGCAUUUCCAAAAACAGAAUAAAUUGUUGAUGGUGUCAUAAACUUAUUAAAAGGGACUCAUUGAUUUAUAAUUAAAUUAUAAUAUGGAUUAAUUUAAAAUUCUUGGUUAAGGUGCCGAGAACAUUGUCUAUCAAUAUAUUGGGGAAGAUCCCAAUUUUAAGGACAAAGUAAUUAGAAUUCGUAAACCAAGAGAUAUAUGUGAGUUAUCUACAAAUUUAAUUAUACCUUUAAAUGAUACAGAUUGGACUCCUCUUAAAAAGUAUUUCUUAAAAAAACAGCCAUACUAAAUUGGAGAUUAAUAAUGUUAAAUUAUGGAUAAUCUUUUUUAUAAUGUUGUUUUUGCUGUUGAAAUAAAACCUAAAACAUUUUUACCAAUUUUAUCAAAAAAAUAAGAAAAUAAAGAUUUAAGUGAUCCUAAGAAUCAAAGAUUUUUUAUGGUUUCACUAUUAAAAGCUUAAAAGAAAUUAUAAAAAACUGAUAAGAAUAUUUAUAAAUGUACAAAGAAAGAAAUAGAUCCAAUAAUCUCAAAAUAUGAUCCUAGAAAAUUUUAUAAUUGCAAGAUUGAAAAUCUAUUUGAUUCGAUUAUUGAUUUAUCAGAAGUUCCUGACAGCAAUUUGAAACUCUUUAAUAAUCAAUAAUAAAGGGUUCAAAGCAUUCCAGAAUUUAAUAUUGAAGAUGUAUAUAAAUUUUAUAAUUUUAGAUAGCAUCUAUCAUAAGUGAGACUUUGCUAUUAGAAAAUAUCAUUUAAUAACUCAAAGGUUUUUUCCAUAUGAUAUAAUAAAUGAAUUUUACAAUUGAAGAAGCAUUUGAAGCAUAUGAACAAUUAAAAUAAAGAAAUCUAACUAAUAAUUAAUAUUAAGAAAUUGUUGAAGGCAAAUUUUAAGAUCCUGAAAUAUCAAAACUAGUCUUUAAAUUAUUAACAUUUUCUUCCAUAUAAGCUUUAAGUGAUUUAUCAAUUAUAGGAAGUUUCAGGAAAGAAGGAUAAGGCAAAUUUGUUGAGAUUGGUAAUUAAAAAUUGUUUUAUUAAUAUUCAAUAAUUGAUUGCGAUUUAAAGCCAUUGAAUAAAAUUUAUGAUUACAUGUCAACGAUAGAUGAAUUAAUCAAAUUGAGAGAUUAUUACAAUUCUCUUUAAUGAA